GGGAGGGGGAGGCGGCAUGUGUUGGUGAGAUAAGACUCGAAUAGCGGACUGUACUGGAGUUUAUACGUCUUUGCCAAUAUAUUUGACAAUUUCUUACAGGAUGAAUGAACCGUCAGGAUGCAUGACUUCUUUCGUUUUUCUCUGCUCCUGAUAAGAACAUUGAGCUGUGAUGCUAUGUGAAUAUUAAUCCCAUAUUAAUAGCAUAUGAAUUGAGAGCUUCAUUUAAUGUUUAUUUUUAUUUUUUUAUAGUGAAUUUCGAUGUUUAUGGAUUAACAUUUGGAGGUGCUUUAUCAUGUUUGCGCGUGAUGGUUAAAAAGUUUUGCUUCAGCACUUGGUGCCCGGACAGCUCUUCUCUAUGCUGGCAGGUUGGUCUUUGUCGCAGUGCAACGCGCACGCUCUUUCGUUGUUAUUAGUAGCCUACCCUACAGUGUGCGCUGUUGGGAAGUGCGCUAUAUUGUACAUGCAUGAACUCAAUAUUUUGACUGCCGUCAGUUUGGACAGCUGUGGAAUACUAGGAAUUGUCAGGAAUAGGAUUUGAGCGAUCAGUGACCACGACCACUUGAGAGUGAGAGCUUUUUUCAUAUUUUUGGGAGAUGGAAACAUAAGGACUAGCCAAACAGUUCUGGAAAAAAUGCAUUCUCACGGUUUUUGAAUGACAGUAUUUGGAAGAGGAGUGAAUUGAUGGGGCUUGAGGCAGAGCAUUGGAUUUUUGGAAUUAUUUCAUUUUUCAACUGUGUCAUGCCAAACUAAUCGGGAUGUCGGAUGACAGGAUGUUGAGAAACUUGUCUCUUUGGUCGGCGACGCCAAUGUUCCCGCCAGAGAACUCCUCCUUUAACUCCUCCCUCCCUCCGUCAUUCACGGACUGGGAGGCACCCACCUUCACCGCCGCUGCCCGCGUCCGGGUGGCCGCCACCAUGGUCCUCUUCGUGUUCGCUGCCUUCUCCAACCUCUCUGUGCUGAUCAGCGUGGCAUGGGGCCGCGGGCGCCGCCUGGCUGCCCAUCUCCGGCCACUCAUUGCCAGCCUGGCCUCUGCAGACCUGGUGAUGACGUUCGUGGUAAUGCCGCUGGACGCGGUGUGGAACGUCACCGUGCAGUGGUAUGCCGGUGAUACCAUGUGCAAGCUGCUGUGCUUCCUCAAACUGUUUGCCAUGCACUCGUCUGCCUUCAUCCUGGUGGUGGUCAGCCUGGACCGCCACCAUGCUAUCCUGCACCCGUUGGACACGCUGGACGCUGGGCGAAGGAACAAGAGGAUGCUGCUCGUUGCCUGGGUCCUCAGCCUGCUCCUGGCCUCCCCACAGCUGUUCAUUUUUCGAGCAAUCAAAGCCGAGGGAGUGGAAUUCACUCAGUGUGUGACGCAUGGAAGCUUCCACCAUCGCUGGCAAGAGACGGUCUACAACAUGUUCCACUUUGUCACGCUUUAUGUGUUCCCCCUGUUAGUAAUGAGCUUCUGCUACACCCGCAUCCUCAUCGAGAUCAGCCGUCAGAUGCACAAGGGCAAAGGUGGGGAGCCGUGCCUUAGGCGAAGUGGUGCCGACAUGAUCCCCAAGGCGCGAAUGAAGACCCUGAAGAUGACCAUCGUGAUCGUGGCGUCCUUCGUGAUUUGCUGGACGCCAUACUACCUCCUGGGCAUCUGGUACUGGUUCCAGCCAGCCAUGCUCCAGGAGACACCCGAGUACGUCCACCACGCCCUUUUCGUCUUCGGCAACCUCAACACAUGUUGCGACCCAGUGAUCUACGGCUUCUACACGCCCUCCUUCCGGGCCGACCUGGCUGAUGUGGUUGCCUGCUGCUGCCGCUGCCGAUCGCAGGACGUCUCCCCGAGGUCCUUGGACCGCCUGGCGUGUCGGGGGGGCAGGGCAAGCAGAGAGGCAGAGUCUGACAAUCCCAGUGGCGACCAGCCAAGUGGAAACCUGGGGUAGAUAUCCGUGGGCCUCUUGUUCAACUGCAGUGUAAAAAAAUACAUAUGUUGAUUUAACGUACAAUUGUAAACAAACCAGCUGCAAUAGGAUUGUGAGUUUGCUCAACAUUUGGGCAUAUAGUAUACAGUAGCUGAAGUAACAUACAUUCUCAAGUUGAAUUGUAUGUUCACUCGACUUAGAAUUUUAGGUUGAGUAAACAUACAAUUUAACUAGAAAAUGUAUUUAACCUUUUUUGCAGAUUUCCCUGAGUGCCUUGCCUUUUGAGUGAAAUGUAUUACCACCCAUGACUGUAUUUGUUAGCGACAGAGACAUGCUUGAUGUAUUCAAAGGUUUUCCGUACUGUAGCUAUCCCCAAGUGAGUGUCUAAGUGAAUGUCAUCUUUAAAAUGUAACUAUUUAUGAUAAUAUAUUGUAUAAACCCUAACACAAUGGUCUGAAACUCUUAGUUUGUAGGUCACAUUAAGCCUGCAUGUCUCAUUAGGCUGGCUUGCAAAGUGGUGUGUAAUUCCUGUUGGAAUCGAGCCAGAGUGAGGAUAUCCAACAACUGGAACUUUUAAUAACCCACAACAUGCAUUCAGAAUGACUGCCGGGGUAGGAAUGUUGAUUAUUGAGACUACCUAAAUCAUAUAAACUGGAACAGACAUCUCAGAAACGGGUGCAAUAAGUUCAACUACUAACAGAUUGUAUUAGUUUAGAAACAUUUAUGUUAUUUAUGUUUGUGUAGCAUAAGAUUAACCAAUCAAAGUACAUGCAAAAACACAAGUAUUGAAACAAACCAUUCUGAAAAUCAACCUGCAAGAGAGCAUGCUGGGAAAUAUGAAUAUGUUGGUGUGGUUUUGAUUUGUUUUGAGCAAACCUGAAUUUGUAAGUAAUUUGUAAGUUUACUCAACAAGCUUUUUCAAAUUCAGCUAACUUCGAGCAGAGAGUGUUGAGUAAACACACUUUAACACAUUAGCUCAAAUGCCACUCAACUCACAGAAUAACACUUGGUUAAAUUGGCUGGUUUACAGUGUGUAGGAUACAGAUUAUUUUACUCCCUGAUCUCUUUAGUGCCCGUUUCCCAGACCCAAAUUAAGGGCUCUAUUCAAUCUGUAUCGCUGAAGUUCAGCUUUAGAGCAUAAUUUAAAUUUAAAGCCGAAGACUGCACUCAUGGUAAUCACUGCAUAUGUCGGCUCAAUCGGAAAUCACCUUUAAAUUUCUAUUGCGCAAUCUAGUGCUUCAGCGAUACAGAUUAAAUAGAGUCCUAAGACUACUUAACCAAACAUGUGGUCAAUUGAGACUCUUUUUAGUCUAGGUUUAGGCUUAAUCUGGAUCUGGAAAACUGGCCCUAUGACUAUUUCACAUACAGCUUCAUAAAGCUUGGUAAUGGAAGAAUGGAUUCUAGAACAUUAUCCGUAUUAUUGAGUGGGUCCUGGCAGUUCCACUAUGAAUGUAAAGACCUCCAGUGUCUUAGCCAGAACACUCAAACACUUCCUUUAAACCAGCCUCUAGGGGAAUAUCUAGUUAACUAGUACCUUGGAUUAAAAGUACAUUUCUUCAAUUAAUGACUUUGUACUUUGGGAUUUCAGUGAAGACCCUGGUUGCAGUACAGUACAUUCAUAGAAAGGACAGCCGUAGAACCCUUUUGGAACCGUUUUUUCCUAAGAGUUUAGAUAUAUCCACAGAACAGUAUAGACUUCCUAGAGAACUGCUUCGCUUCUGACACUAAGCAAACAACUCUUAUGUACCCAAGGAGGAUCAUAUUGAACAUCAAAUAUUUGGACCACAUACUUUGGGUCUUUGGCCAGGGAGGACAGAACCUUGGGACCUCUUUUGAAUUUCUAUCCUCUGGAUCAUCACACGGGAAUUACUACAAGAUGAACUAACUGGGCAUUGUUGAUGUCUCAGCAAGAAUCAAACACUCAUUACAACUAAUUCUUGAGUAAGUCGGUCCACAGGCUUAAACAAAUCCUACUGUCUUAAACAAAUCCUACUGUAUCAAGACAGAAUUUUUUUAUGAUACAGCGUAGGCUCAGUUGAACUGUUUCUGAGAAAUGUUUACUUCUUAAGUCAAAGGGAAGGCAAUUACAAUUUAGGUCGCUAUGGAGCCAGUGACGUUAUAAGCUAGACCCCGAAAAACAAAUGCCAGUGAGUAGGCAACGGGUCAGUGUUUAAUAAGGAACAAAUUCAUAUACAGAGAUUUGUGUUUUCUCAAUGUCUUGUGUUGUACUCAGCCUAAUCAUCUCUGUUUACACACCUGAUAUUUUCAACUCUUGUAAUCAUUCUAUGCAUGGCUAAAAUGUUCCACCGAAUCUUAUUGGUCCAGUAUGAAUUGUGAUUGUGACAGCACGAAAACCCACAUGGACAAAUGUAGCUAUUUUUCCCCCUUUUUUGUUUGUCACGGAAAAGGGUUUGUUAACAAAAAUAUGGCAAAGAACUACGUAGUGCUAUCUCAAGUACUUUUUGUAAGUGGCCAGGACUGCCAAACGCCAUAUUCGUUUCGAAGUCUUCCGUUGGGUAAUCUGAGUACGUUCCCACAUAUAUUAUACUAGCAGUGGGAGGAGGGAUGCAGUUAAGUCCAGUCGUAAAGAACACCAUCUCUUCUAGUGUCUACUCUUUUCCUGGUCCCUCGAGAUUGGACUGGAAAUUUCCCUAAGCCUCCUGUUGCUGCCCUCGGCGACAACCUCUUGACCAAGAGCGUCUCGAUGAUCUCAAGUGUCUGUUUGAUGUUGGUGAAGCACAUUGUGCCACAGAAUAGCUCUGGGUGCUUCUCCAACUCCUCCGAUUAAUUCAUCUUCAAACUUAGCGAUGGUUGCUUGAUUCUUCAUGAUGAAAUGCCAGUAAAGGUACUCUGAAACCACCUUUCUCUAUUAUUUGUCCUUGAUUUCCUGUUGGUAACGGUAGCACCCAGGGUUCUUGAACAUCUGGAUGUUCUCCAGCAUGGUGCAACUGAAAGUAUCGAUGUCCUUUGACUGGAAGAGUUUAUCCAAGAUUUCUUGACACCCAAAUCCAACAUUUAUUUAGUGUCAGUGUUGAAUUUCACAGUUUUGCUUCUUUGUUGUCCACUGCCUCUUCGUUAGUGCCAUUGACUGUUGUCUGUAAACUUCACUAUAAUGGCAUGUUACGGAUCUUUAUAGGGCCAGACUACAAACAAAACAAACGAAACACAACAGUAAUGUGGUUUUAAUAGUAAGUGCAAGACACAGUGCCUUCGGAAAGUAUUCAGACCCCUUGACCUUUUCCAAAUGUUGUUAGAUUACAGCCUUAUUCUAAAAUGUAUUAAAUAUUUUCCCCCCUCAUAAAUCUACAUACAAUACCCCAUAAUAACAAAGAAAAAAACAGGUUUUAUAGAUGUUUGCUCAUUUUUUAAACAUAAAAAAAUGAAAUUAUUGUCACGUUUUGACCUUUAUUUUCCCUUGUUUUGUCUUUAUUUAGUAUGGUCAGGGCGUGAGUUGGGGUGGGCAGUCUAUGUUAUUUGUUUCUAUGUUUAGGUUUGUUCAUUUAGCCUGAUAUGGUUCUCAAUCAGAAGCAGGUGUUUUGCAUUGUCUCUGAUUGGGAGACAUAUUUAGGUUGCCUGUUUUCACUGUUGGUUUGUGGGUGUUUGUCUUCCGUGUCAGUGUUUGUCGCCACACGGUACUGUUUCGGUUCGUUCACAUUUGUUAUUUUGUUAUUUGUGUAGUGUUCAGUUUAUAUUAUUAAAACAUGGACACUUACCACAGACAGCCGUUACAAUUAUACAUUUACAUAAGUAUUCAGACCCUUUACUCAGUACUUUGUUGAAGCACCUUUGGCAGCAAUUGCAGCCUUGAGUCUUCUUGGGUAUGACGCUACAAGCUUGGCACACCUCUAUUUGGGGAGUUUCUCCCAUUCUUCUCUGCAGAUCCUCUGAAGCUCUGUCAGGUUGGAAGGGGAGCGUUGCUGCACAGCUAUUUUCAGGUCUCUCCAAAGAUGUUCGAUCGGGUUCAAGUCCGGGCUCUGGCUGGGCUACUCAAGCACAUUCAGAGUCUUGUCCCGAAGCCACUCCUGCGUUGUCUUGGCUGUGUGCUUAGGGUCGUUCUCCUGUUGGAAGGUGAACCUUCGCCCAAGUCUGAGGUCCUGAGUUCUCUGGAAUAGGUUUUCAUCAAGGAUCUCUCUGUACUUUGCUCCGUUCAUCUUUCCCUCAAUCCUGACUAGUCUCUCAGUCCCUGCCACUGAAAAACAUCCCCACAGCAUGAUGCUGCCACCACCAGGCUUCACCGUAGGGAUGGUGCCUGGUUUCCUCCAGACAUGACGCUUGGCAUUCAGGCCAAAGAGUUCAGUCUUGGUUUCCUAAGACCAGAUAAUCUUGUUUCUCAUGGUCUGAGAGUCUUUAGGUGCCUUUUGGAAAACUCCAAGCGGGCUGCCAUGUGCCUUUUACUGAAGAGUGGCUUCCGUUAGGUCACUCUACCAUAAAGGGCUGAUUGUUGGAGUGCUGCAGAGACGGUUGUCUUUCUGGAAGGUGCUCCCAUCUCCACAGAAGAACUCUGGAGCUCUGUCAGUGACAGAAGGGACCUCCCUGACCAAGGCCCUUCUCCCCCGAUUGCUCACUUUGACUGGGCGGCCAGUCAAAGUGACUCUAUGAAGAGUCUUGGUGGUUACAAACUUCUUCCAUUUCAGAAUGAUGGAGGCCACUGUGUUCUUGGGGACCUUCAAUGCUGCAGAAAUUUUUUGGUACCCUUCCCCAGAUCUGUGCCUCGACACAAUUCUGCCUCGGAGCUCUACGGACAAUUCCUUUGACCUCAUGGCUUGGUAUUUGCUCUGACAUGCGCUGUCAACUGUGGGACCUUAUAUAGACAGGUCUUACCAACUCAUGUCCAAUCAAUUGAAUUUACCACAGGUGGACUCCAAUCAAGUUGUAGAAACAUCUCCAGGAUAACAAAUGGAAACAGGAUGCACCGCAGCUCAAUUUCGAGUCUCAUAGCAAAGGGUCUGAAUACUUAUUUUUAAUACAUUUGCUAACAUUUCAAAAAGCCUGUUUUCCCUUUGUCAUUAUGGGGUAUUGUGUGUAGAUAGAUGAUCCAUUUUAGGUUAAGGCUGUAAAGUAACAAAAUGUGGAAAAAGUCAAGGGGUUUGAAUACUUUCCGAAGGCACUUUAUAUAAAAAAAAUCUGGGUUUAUCAUACAUUUUUGUUAUCAGUACAUACUAUUUGUAUUUUUAUUUUUGUUUUACAGAUACUAUUUCUAAAGCCUAUUCAAUUGCUUGAGACAAUUUAUUGUAUUGUUGCAAGCUUGAUUUUCCCAGUUCAACAACAUCUAAAGAGGAUGUCCAGAUCAGGUCAUUUUCUGAUUGAUUGAAUGCAAUCUGUAACAAGGGAGCAGUCGAAAUGUACACAAUUGUUACCCGGAGCAAAAUGAGGAAGGGGGAGGGUUUAAUGUUUUUUUAUUUAGUCCAGGGGAGGGUCAUGUAAUUUGUAAUCUAUUAAAUGUUAUAUUGCUCAGGGUUUCAGAAUUAGUUGCUUAUUAUAGUAUUUCAAUGUGUGCCCGAUGAUGCCACUCAUCUCUGAUUCCCUGCUGGUCGUGCAAUAUUAAGUGCUCCUAGUGUGGUCUCAAUAACAUUAUCCAUAGCCUAUACUAUAGGCUAUUAAUACAAAGAACAUGCUCAGAGAAGCAAAUGGCAAAGUUAUAUUUCUAAGAAAAUGCACUUCCUUCCCAAGUUUUGCGCUGCUGGUAUGGUGUACAGUAAAUAAAACUAGGCUACACUGCAUUACACACACUGCAAUGGAUAGGUCAGGCCUGCCCUGCUCUUGCUGAUUUAAACCAUUUUUAGCUGCCUAACCAAUGACUGUGCUGUGUAUGGUGGCACUUCAGGAGGCAAGUCAAAGGUUUCUUCCAAAACUAAUGUUUUAUUUGUCCAAAAAAUGCAAUAUCUGUGUGUGCCCGAACUAGGCCUACUGAUGUCCUGUUCAGUUUGAAAGGGAGAACACGAAGAUGAGAAGGAAGACUGGAGAUAAGCUUGCUACUGCUAGAAUUCUGAAGCUAUUUAUCAGCGUUAUUGACCUCACCAUAAGAGGUAUGUGAGUGUAUUGUGACCUCACCAUUGAGGAGAUAUGUGAGUGUAUUGUGGCUUUUGUUAAAGAAAUUGACUCAAAGCAUAGGCCUAUCCCUUGUAAGCUUUAAGACUUUGAAAAUACUUACAUGGACCUGAUUAUAUCAAGCAAUCUAUAAUGACUCUUUAGUCCGCAAUGCUUUAUGCUAGAAACUAUGUAAAAUGCUGGGAAAGACGUGACUCCGAUGCAUACGGAAUAUCUUUGGUUUGUCUCUAUGACAUUUAGAGGUUGCACUACAAACUUCGAUAGCCGAGGAGACAUUUUUUUUUACUUUGCUUGGGAAGUAAUGUGUGAUUCUGUCACUAUCAAUUGACGUUGGACAUUUAAACAGGCUAUUAAACAAUAUACUAACCAUAAAUCAGUCAGGAGCAAGACAGGUCGCCAAAAAUGAAUUAUUUAGGCUAUAUUAUUAUUAUUUCAAAGCUAUAGACUGCCAUUUAAGAAAUCAAUUGUGAAGCAUUUGUGAUAUGCUACAGGCUGGCAGGAGCACUCAACAUUUCAACACAUCAACAACUGCAAUUCAUAAGGCUAUACAGUCAUUCUACAGUGCCUUUGAAUGAACUUCUAGAAACAUGAGUUUGUGGAUCAUGCGGUAAACUAUGCAUGCCUAGUUUGUUAAUUUAGCCUAGCAGAUGCUCUUAUAUUCCCUUGCCCUAACCACAGUCAAAACAAAUCUAUUUUGUAACAACAAUAUAAUGUAGUAAAAUAGAAUAAAUUAGAAAAUGAUAAUUUCCCAAAUUACCAAGGACAUAUAGGCCUACCUGAUGAUAUGCAGCUGCUGUGUUAAACACACUUUUUCUCGAACUCAUUGAUGAUCAGAUACUUCACUUGUAACUGGUUCUUCUGCGUCCAAUGUUUAUAGUUGAUAGACAACUUUAGCACUCUUCCAAACUUGGACUAUCCUCUUUUUUAGCAAUAGCUUGUUUUGAUAUCAAAACGUCUCCGGUGCCAGUGCUGUAGCAUGCGCUCAUACGUUGCCAUGCUCUGUUGCGUUACUUCGGUAGAUUCUGCUCUUCUUCAGUCAUGUAAAAUGACAUAUAAUUGCAUGAAACGUGUUUAUAAAAGGUAUUUUUUUCUCGGAAAGCAAAUAAUAUGAUAGAUUCAUGCAGUGUUUUCAUUAUAAUGAAUAUCUUUUCACCGUUACCCUUGUCGGAGGUGGUCUGUGAAUACACAACCUUCUGGUUACUUUGCCAUUUAAUGCUUAGAAAACGAAGAACAGUCUCUAAAACUGCAUAUCGGCACUGGUCUGAUCUAGGAGUGAGGGUAAAUGGUUGGCAUGUUCUCUGCUAUCCACUUUAUGUUUUAAUUAUUAUUUUGGGUACAGUGGAGGGUCACUUGUUUUCAAGCAUUCAGGAAGGGUUGGGAAAAAACAUAUUUUACUGAAGGGAGUGCCAUCCAUUUUAAUUUCAAAGGGGUCCGAUUAUAAAUAGAGGUAUCCUUCAUUAUAUACUGAACAAAAAUAUAAACGCAACAUGCAGCAAUUUCAAGGAUUACAAUUACAGUUCAUAUAAGGCUUAAUCUAUGGAUUUCACAUGACCGGGCCGGGGCAGGUUAUGGUUGGGCCUGGGAGGACAUAGGCCCACCCACUUGGGAGUCAGGCCCACCUACUGGGGAGCCAGAUCCAGCCAAUCAGUAUGAGUUUUUCCCCACAAAAGGACUUUAUUACAGACAAAAAUACUCCACAUCACCGCAGGUUAAGAAGCCAGAUGGAGGUCCUGGUCUGCAGUUGUGAGACAGGUUGGACAAAUUCUCUAAAUUGAUGUUGGAUGUAGCUUAUGGUAGAGAAAUUAACAACAGCUCUGGUGGACAUUCCUGCACUCAGCAUGCCAAUUGCAUGCUCCCUCAAAACUUCAGACAUCUGUGGCAUUGUGUUGUGUGACAAAACAGCACAUAGAGUGGCCUUUUAUUGUACCCAGAAAAAGGUGCACCUGUGUAAUGACCAUGCUGUUUAAUUAACUUCUUGAUAUGCCACACCUGUCAGGUGUAUGGAUUAUCUUGGCAAAGGAGAAAUGCUCACUAACAGGGAUAUAAACAGAUUUGGGCACAAUAUUUGAGAGAAAUAAGCUUUUUGUGCGCAUGGAACAUUUCUGGGAUCUCAUAUAUUUCAGCUCAUGGAACAUGGGACCAACACUUUACAUGUUGCAUUUAUAUUUUUGUUUAUUAUAAAUAAAGUACAGUCCCAGUCCCUAAAUUAGUUUUGAGUAUUGUCCCUCAUUACAGAUUUCAUCUCACGGUUCCAAUGAAGAAAUGCCCAGACUGAUAUUGUAAAGUGAAAAUUCAGUUUAGAUCCAGGCUAGACUUGUGAUGCUUGAUUCUACCAACCAGCCUAUGUUAUGAGUCCCAAACAAGGUUAGUCAUUCCAUUAAACUAUCAAAAUAAAGAAAGUCACACACUCCAUAUAUAAACUCCCAGCAAUUUAAUGGGUAUUUACCAACGUUUGGGCAUCACUGUGCCUUCCCCAAGUCAUUCCAUUAAACAUGGUAUAUUAUAUGAUCAACACAACAUGCAACCAUAAUAAUGCUAAUGCAAGUUCUGGUUGUUGUGUCUCUUUAGUAUAUGUUCAAAGUGUAUUAAUGUCGAUUGAAAAUAAAAGUUUAUGCUCCAUCACAGGAGAA